AUGGACCGUCCAGAGCCGGGUCUCAUAAAGUGGACUGCUAAUCCGCAGCUCGACAGCUUUGUACAGGUCAACCUCCAACACCGCUAUAUCCAGAUUUACGAGGCGAAUGGCUUUGCGCGCAACGGCAAAUUCGACUACGUCAGGCGCGUUCGGCACGACGACUUUCCCCCGCUAACGACGUAUGACUGGUCGCCUUGCGACCCUGGACUGAUUGCGAUUGGUACCGGUGGAGGCGUUGUGAAUCUUUUGCGAGUCGACGAUGGCUCCAACGCCUUUGUGGAGCUGGGCUUGAAGAUGGCACGAAACUGCCACGCCGUCGCUUUCAACACUACCGGUCUGUUAGCCGUAGGCCUAGACCGUGUGCGCAUGGACCAGAGCUUGCACGUCUGGGAUAUCUCGCGCCUGUCAUCGAUAGACCCUCCCAUGCGCGGUUUCCCGACUGACGCCCACGACCAUGUCGACAGCGUUGCGCACUUGGAACCCAGCGUUUCCGUUUCCAGUCUCAAGUUCUUUGAAGACAGCCCGCAUACGCUUGUCGCGGGUAUCAAGUCGCAUGGUGUCAGAAUACACGACCUGCGUGACCCGAACCCGGCUGUUACCUUUCACACGAGAUGCAACAAUAAUAUUGCCAUCGACUACGCCGAUCAAAACUACUUUGCGUCUUCCAGCUUGGAUCAUCCUGGCGUCAUGAUAUGGGAUCGGCGAGCAAGCAAUCGCGCUGUGGCGUCAACAUCAUAUGUGCAGACUGUGGAAGAAGAUGAUAUGCCGUGGGGAGCUGCUUUGCGUCUCGACUCAGCAAUUGAGACUGAUCAUGAUCCAUCAAUUGUGGACGAGCGACAUUCUAUGAUUCGAUCACUCCGGUAUUGUCGCAAUCAACGAGGUCUAUUAGCCAUCCUCUCACGCACAGGCGAACUUCGCGUUCUCGAUACGAGGAAGGACUCGCCAUCAUCUAGCAUCACGGCAGAGCAGGGGCCAGAACUACUCCACGUGGAGAAAUCACACGAGCUUGAUCUGUCGUAUCGAUACAACUCGAGAAAAAAUGACCGUAUUGUGUCUUUCGACUGGGUCACACUAAGCUCGCCAGAUCUCAAUCCUAGACUAUUAGUUCUACGAACAAGCGGCAAGUUUGACAUUUUGGAGAAGCCGUCCGCGUCGACAGACCACGCAUACAAGCUCAUUCCAUGGAAAUCACCACAUCGCGGUCUAGAAUCCGGCCACGCCUACCAAGACAUCAUGCAAUUCGACCCCAAGCAAGGCAUGGAAGUUCUCGCCGCCACGCUCGUAGACCAGGCGCUGCACCAUGUUCCCAUUUUUGGUCCCGAUAAGAUUGCCGUCAAGGAGGGCAUCGAAGCAGCGCUCAAGAAGCAGGAGACCAGCUGCGCGGUGGUGGAGCGCGUCAAUGAGAUUACGACGCCGCUGCCCGAAUCCUUCUACGCGGCCAAGACGAUUGCCGGCAAGCUGCGCUCCGUGCGCCACCUUAUCAAAGACCUGGAGGCCAAAAACCCAUCAACAGCGGGUCGGUCCCGCGUGCCGAAUGAGCUGUCCCUGGCCACCAACAGCGUCGAAUCGUGCAGAGAGUUUCACGAGGCGCUGCUCGCGGCAACGGUCAAGACAAGCGGCCUGCCCACCCAGGCGCAGAGCGCCGUCGAUCACGCCAUGCUGUUCCGCGCCAAGGAAAAGUACCUCUUUGAUCCCACGGUCAAUCGACAAAUCGUGUCCGACGAUCCCUGGAAGCGCUACGUCUGGGACUGGAUCGCCGACGCCGAACUGGCAGCAUACGACAGCAGUCUGGUGCUGUCCGGCACUGAUCUCAGCUAUCUCGGCGUCCACGCCAUCUGGACCAAUGACCUAGGACGCAACCCGACCACGCGAGUCAGCCCCGGGACCACGACGCUGCCCGACGCUCUACAGUGGGAGCGCUUCAUCGGGCCGUACUGCAAGAAGCGUCGGUUCCCGCGCUUCGACACCGUCUUCACCAAGCGACCACACACGCGACAGCUGUGCCUUGAGAUUUGCGGCUGGGGCGACCCCGAGUCGAACAACCACCACCAAGACCCCGAGCACGGCAACGACGACGAUGAGGACCCGUCGCCCGACUACCCCGCCGCUGUUCAUACCAUGACGGCGUGCCGGUCGCUCUUCCACGGGGACGUGCGGCACGCCGUCGCCGUGCUCAAGCGCGCGUCCGCCGCGCACCCCGAGCUCCUCUUCGUCUCCCUCGCGCUGCAACUCAUGGACCGCGGCGGCAACAACAACACCAAGCAGCCGCUCGCCGCCGAGAAGCUCGACUUUGACGACGCCGUCGCCUCCAAAACAGACCCCUACCUGCGCGCCAUUUCCACCCUCAUCGCCACCGGCGACUGGUCGCUCGUGGCCGACCAGCGCUCCCUGCCCCUCGCCGACCGCGCCUACGUCGCCGUGCGCAACUUCCACGACGACGCGCUCACGCGCUGGCUCGACGCGCAGGUGCUCCGCGCCGUCACCGAAGGCGACGUCGAAGCCGUCGUCCUCACCGGCAUCUCGGACCGCCUCGUCGACGUCCUGGCCACGUACGUCGAAAAGUUCCACGACUACCAGACGGCCACGCUCGUGCUCUCGCUCUGCUACCCCCGGUACAUUGAUGACUUUCGCUGCCGCGCCUGGCGCAACGCGUACCGCGCGCUGCUCCAGCGCCACCGCUUCUUCUUCCAGCGCACCAAGUUCGAGGUCGAGUCCACCAAGCGAUCCAAGCGCGACGGCGCCAAUCCCCUCCUCAAACCGCCGUCGCGGCAGGUCGCCCUCCGCUGCAUCUACUGCGACGCCGAAACGUCCCUCGCCAACCACCACCACCACCACCAUCACCAACGCACCAGCAGCGGCAGCACCACCGCCGCCGCACCGCCACCACCACCGCCGCCGCCUCCGCCCUCCAGCAGUAUGGAGUCGCGCAACCCGCUGCUCGCCACGAGCAUCAGCGCCGGCGUCAGCUGUCCCAACUGCGGGCGGCACCUCCCGCGGUGCGUCGUCUGUCUCGAGGUGGUUGGCGUGCCGCGCUCGGACCGUCCCGAGGAGCGCGACGAGACCCGCAUGGCCGGCCGGUUCCCGACGUUUUGCAUGCGCUGCGAGCAUGUCCUGCACUUGGACCACGCGCGGCAGUGGUUUGCGCGGCAUGUCGAGUGUCCCGUGCCCGAGUGCCGCUGCAAGUGCAACUUUCGGGCGAAUCCGGAGCUCAACUACCAUUAG